AGACAUUGCUGAGUGAAAAAUAUUUCUGGAAGAUGUAUAUUCAAAAGUAUUUUGAUUUGGGUAAAAAAUCUGACCUCUCAAACGAGGGGCCAAUGGCACAGUGGUCGAACUCAGAAGAGUGGUGAGUAUUCUAGUGAAUAAUUAAAUUGUUAAAAAAAAUAUUAGUUGGUCUCAUUUGAAAAAACUUCAAAAUUAUUAGAAAACUCUUCUACAACUUUUUCAAAUAUUGCUUAGUUCUCGAAAUAUUUCGUAAAUAAAUCCUAAGUGCUCCGUGAUCAGACAUGAGUCAUCAGGUGGCUGCCUGUAAAAAGCCUUCCACACGAUCAGGUUGAGCUGCGUCCCUCAUAAUUCAGCUUAGCUCUCAGCGCAAGUAAUGAUGAUUAGCACACCCCACUUCCCUACACAUGUUACGUCACAAGAAGGGUCACGCAAAUAUUUACCUAAAUAUGCAAUACAGCUGUGGAUUGAGGGGGAUACAACUAGCUGAAAAUACAAGCAGAACUUCGACGCUUUGAGUUAAUGUCCUUCGUCGGAAAUUAAUAGCCAAAUAAGCUGGCUACUGAUCGGUACUACUUUCCCAAAGAAUGGUCUGCGUGCAGCCUGACUUUAAAUGGGGAAAAGUCAUUUCCAUUUAAAGUCAGGCUACACACAGGCUACCAAAGAAGGGUCUUUGCUCGGAACGUAGAAGUUUUUCUUAUAUUUUCCAUGUACAUGAGUCCGAACCUGUAUUAUGAGGCACCGUAUUAAGCUGUCACCCUGUAUUAAGCGAUCAUUUUUUACUAAAGUCCCAAAAGGUUGUAAUGUAAAUGCUGUUGAAGUGACCUUUAUUAAACGACCAUCUCUAUUAAGCAGAUGGGGACAACUUUCGCACAGUCCCAAACAUUAUUUUGCAUUGUUUUGUGACUGUGUUAAACGGUCACUGUUAAGAAAAGCGAUGGAAUCUGGUGAUGCGUCGCGAAAAUUUGCACAAUUUAAUGGAGAUCAAGAGGCUUCUGCUAUAAUCAUAUCAAGAGUGCUUGAUUUAUCGAGCCAAACCAAACUUAACACGCCACAACGGCUAAACUUAGCACGGCUCUGUCAUUUUGUAUUUGUUGUUAUGUUCAGUUUUCUUGUUUUUAAGAAUCAGCGACACCUUUUUUAACCGUGGUAAUUAGACCUGCAUUAGUCAGUCACCCUGUCUAAUCCGGUUACUUGCGAAAUCCCCAAGGGUGACCGCUUAAUACAGGUUCGACUGCACUUGUAUCUCUGUAAAUCUACAGCUAUCUUGUUUUCGUCACCAUGCACCUACACUAGCAACGACCGUUUGAGACUAAAUAUGGAAUGGUCAUUUUGAGCCCAAAAUUAUACUUCGGCCACUAUUCGAAUAUAAAUAACCAGUUAACACAUUUGGUUGUGCCAUCCAAUCUAUUUAAAAGCCUUGUUUGUGCUUACUUUUCUUUUGUAUUUUGAAGGUUUUGUUACUUUGAAGAGGAUGGGGAAGAUACGUAUGUGAUGCGUCCAUUUCCCUCAAUGUGGAACUGUCGAGUCGUUCAUCCGUGUGGUUUGGACCCAUUCUCCGGUGAUGUGAGAAGCUUACAAGGUUUUUGUCGUUCUCUUGAAAUACUGACUUACAUGAGAAGUGAAGCGUCUCGCUUGGGUAUGCUAAGUGGUGAGUGCUUUUGUAUUUCACAUGCAAGAUAAAAUUUAAAGAAAAUUCAUUUACUUUUUGAGAUAUAUACGAACAAGAAGCCAAUUCACACAAUUUCAUAACAUGUAGCUAACAUGUAGCUAUAACAUGUAGCUAAUGUAUGCAUGUCAUCAUCAUUUGACUCAUUUGUGCUUCACUUAUAGCCGCAAAUCCAAUAGAACUGUCAUUAAAGAAUGUUUGUACGAACAUAUUUUGUCUUCUGUGUAAAGCAAAAUAAGAAAGGCACACUUACUGUCGAUCCAAUGGGAGUGUUGAUAAAAUAUUGCAUGAAUUCAUUUCCUCAAGUUGAUCAAUUCAUACGAAUUCAAAUUUCUUUUUACUUUCUGUGCGUUUUCUAUUGGUCAAUCGGUUCUGAAACGAAAUCUAAUUGGCUCAUCUAAAAGUAACAGGAAGUUGAUCAAUUUUCUAUCAAAUGAACUGAUCAAGUUGAGGAAAGGAAUUGGUGCAGUAUUUUAUCAACGCUUCCAUUGCAUCGACAGUAAGGAAUUAAUAAAUGUUCGGCCCGGCAUAAGAACAAUGAAAAGCAUUAAGCCGUGUGGUCCUGCAAACACCUUGCAAACAAUUUAUCGCGCGCUGAUACAGCCUUACUUCGAUUACUGUUCUUAUUUAUGGGAAGUUUGUAACAAGCAGCUCAAAGAUAAACUUUAAAAAUUUCAAAACCGGGCAGCGAGAAUUAUAGCUGGCGCUAGCUACGAGGCCAGAUCUGCUGAUGUUCUUCCAUCCCUUGCUUGGGAUAAUUUAGAGGCAAGACGACGUACAACGAAAUCAACGUUGUACAAGGUCCUGAGUAAUCACACUGGACCGAACUUAAAAGAAACAUUAAUAAGGAGAAAUGAUAUGCAAAUUAACUAUGAGAAUAAUCACAACGCCAGGAAAAGCCAUUGUGUGAGGGUUUUCAAUAGAGUGCAGGUGUUUGACUCCCUAGUAAUCGAUAUCCACGCGGCUCCCAAAAUCUGGGAGCCACGUGACCAGCAUUCACCAGGGUCUCUUCCUCUAGCGAGGAGCGUAGAGAAGAGAACCUGGGUACGAGGUUGACCAGACGAUUAGCCAAUUAUUAUAACCCAUUAAAUUGCAUUGCGCCCCAAUACACUCUACUUUAGGGACGGACCAUUAGAAAAGUGAUUGGGGGGGGGGGGGAACGAAAAAAAAAUAUUCCCGAAAAUUAGGGGGGAAAAAAUCUUCCCAGGCAUAGUGCAAAAAAAAAUCCUAGCUUGGAAGAUAAGCCUAUAAAUCUCACUUAAAAAAAAUUUCCAGCCAUCAAGUGAGAAAAAAAAAUUCUAUAGGUGUACAAAAUAAAAUAUAUUGCCUCUUAGAAAAUCCCCCCCCCCAUCACUUUUCGAAUGGUCCGUCCCUUAUUAUUUUAUUCUAACUAACGCCAGGCGAUUUUACUCGUCAAGAAGAGAGCUUUGGUGCUCAACGGGUUAACAACACAAUGUGAUUUAUUUCAUUCCAGGUAACCAGUGCUCAGCCAACGAAGGGCAAGAUGAAAUUUGUGCUGUUAUACUUCCUUGGGACAAAAAAGAACUACCUACACCGCUAGAACUACUAAACGGGGUCUUCCAUUUUCAUCCAGAAAUAUAUGAAUAUUAUACAAGCCACCCUCAGGACAAAGGCGAGAUAAGAGAAAAUAAAUUACACUUCCACAUUCGACCAGACAACUUUGAUGACUCUGAUUAUGAUGCAGAUGCUGGCGAGCAUGACUUAACAGAAAAACCAUGUCUAAACAGGAUUUUUGGGAUGGAUUUUGCAGAAGAAGAUGAGCUAUGGAAGUUUAAAGACUCACGAAAGUUCUAUGAAUGGUUACAACCUAUUAUGUAUCCGUCAGUCACAGUAUAUGCGGGCGAAGAUAAGUUUAAUCCUGUUGCAGUGUUUAUGCUGACACAGCUUGCCCCUGGCUGGGUAGGUGGGGCAUUGACGGCCGUUAACUAUACAUAAUUUGUUGUAUACAAUAGCUCGCCCCUUGGCGAGUAGGUGGGCAUUAACGGCCGUUACAUAUAGUAUAUACAUGAUUACAGGUCAUUUACAAUAGCCAGUCCCUGUGUGAGCAUAGAACGGUCAAUGUAUAGUUGUUUAUUGUUUAUUGUUUAUUGAUUACAAUUCUUUGUUUGCAAUCACGUGACUUUGCUCGUUAACUGAAAUCUUAAAAUUACGUCAUUGCAAACAAAAAAUAUAUCUCCACAGGGGAUAGUUUACUUAUAUAUUAUAUUAUAUAUAUAUAUUAUAUUAAUAUAUUUACUUUACUGCGACACACAACAACUAUUGAAGACAACUAUAUACUGUAUAAUGUAUUACACUUUAGAAUCUAAAAACAUAAUUUAUUAUAAAUAUUAGCAUCAAUUGGC